GGUUGCGCCUUGCGCUGCGCUGCGCUUCUUGUUUAAAUACGACAGCGAUGCCGUUUAGCGAGGUCAGUUCAUCGUAAACUCUUUCAACUAUACGUACAAGUUACCCACUCGCGUGCAAGUGUUUCGGUACAUACUUACUCCUACUACGAGUAUACUUACAUCCGACUCAGAUUCACUAUUCAGAGUUCAGUGAUCAGUGAUCAGUGUUCAGUGUUCAGUGUCGAGUGUCACUUUCUAACUUACUUCGUACUUUUCGGUCAUUAAUCGACCUUUUUUUUUCACUUUCACGUAAACGUUCCGAAAAACAUGUUUUGCACCGGUGUUUUCAAGUCGGCGACGGCGACGCUGACAUCGCUUUGCGUUGCUAUUGUUUUCGUUUCGGCUGCAAUAUCGCAGGCGUCUGGCUCUGCCAUACCGAUGUGGGAAUUUCUUAGUCGAACCGAAAAAAUGAGUCAUUUAUUCAACACAUUUUCCGUACAAGUAGCCGAAUAUUGUAAAUCUUCCACCAUGCCAGACUGCAACAAGGUAUUGCUCGUGUAUGGCUUGACAAAUUUGGCAAAAAUGGACGACGUUGCUUUGGAUGAAAUGGACCCUUAUCAACGAAGAGCAAAUGAUAAAAUUUGGGAAUCGAUGAUGAAAGACAGCAACCGAGUAACGUCGCAGUCGCAAUCGCAAACCAAACAGCAGAACCACGAACGCGAUUAUUAUGCGGAUGCUUUAGAGCCCGGUACAGCUGAUGAAAACUAUUUAGGCUCGGCUUCCGAUAACGUCGAAGAAAACAUAACGGUGGAUGGCGCUGGCGAAAACGACAGAUACUUGUCGGGACCGAUGAUGGUUCGAGUGCGGCCCGAUGGCAGUCCCGUUCCAGACGACGACGCUCACCAUCAACAGACGCAUUUGCCAAAAGAUGAAGAUAUGGAAGAACACGUAGCCAUGAGAGGUAAUCCAGUUCCUUCGGUAUCCGAACUGCAAGAAUUCCUCUCACCGACGCCUUCACCUUCACCUUCGCCAUCGCCUUUGCCUUCGUAUUGGUAUUGGUCAGUGAACGAUCGCCAAUCGGCUACUGCCGAUACUGCACAUUCGCGGUCUUCGUUUUACGGACGCGAUUCGCCAAAGUUUAGGCGAUUUGCGGCCAUACCGACAGCGUACGUGUAAUUCUUCAGUCCAAACUACUCUACUAGAUGGAUAAAAGCUUAUGCCUGAACAUGUCUCAGCCCUCAGCCACGUCCUUAGCGCAUAGGCAAUUUAGGUGAUACCUGCCAAAAGUUUAGUACGGCCACGGUCACUGGAGUGCGACUAGUCGCGUCGUGUGUGGCAUUUAGGAAUGCUAUGGGCUGUGUCGUAGUCUAUGCUUUGUCCGCACUCAUAGUUUGGUGUAGGUACACCUAUCGGCCAUGGCCACUUACUGGGCCUAUCUCUGUGAUUUACUUACCUUUUUAAGAGAAAAGAUGAAAGCUAAUUUCAAGCUGCUGCUAGCCCUCGAGUCGACUGCUGCCCCAUGAAGACGAUUGAUGGAUGAAAAUGCCAAAUGCCAAUGGACAUCGCAGACAGUGCGCAGUGCGCAGGUUGGCAUUGCAUUGCAUUGCAUUGCAGUACAGUGCAUGGUGCGCUAAUUUUCCAAUUUGCCAAGGUACAAACCACCGAACGCUCAAAUACAAUUUCUUGAUAUAGGUAUGGGUACCUAUACCUAUACUUUUCAUUACCCGCAAUAUUGGUCUGUCUUAUGAUGAUAUGCGGACGACCAGUUUACCUAUUAAUGAAAUUAUCGAGAAAAGUCGCCUUAUCAGUAAUACGGGUAGACUAUAUGAAUUACCAAAAGCGAUUCGAUAGGUACCUACCUACCUACUUAAAUUUAGCCAAUAUACGCGAGUAGGAAAUAUAAUCAGAAUGAGAAAUACCUACGGUAAUCGAGCUGAUACGUAUUAAUUGGUUGACAGCAGAUUGAAAACGCAACGUUUCAACUUUCGUAUCGUAUUUAUUUUGUUUUGUUUGUGUCUUUAUGUGCUUAUUUAUUUACGUAUUUAUUUAUUUAUUUAUUUAUUUUGUUUGUUUGUUCGUUUGUUUAUUUAUUUAUUUAUUUGAUUUGAUUUUAUAACGAUUAAGAUCAAAAUAAAGAAUGUUUCCUAUCUUUGUAA